CUGCACAGGGAUAUACGCUGCUCAGAACUACGCCGUCCCCAACGUUGAAAAGACAGUCCGGGACUAUUUCAGUUCACUGAAAAAAGGGUGCGAGUCUGUCUGGCCUGUCUGCACUGAUAGCAGCUCGCCCUUGCUGGCUGCCGCCUGAAAAUGGUGAUAUUUGGUAAUGCUGCUGGCUCUGCGAACCGGGUGCUCCGGAGGGGGCUGUGGGGACUGAUGCUGGUCUUGUCUGUAGCCAUAUAUGGCUCUCAUGCUCCCCUCCUCACCCUGUGCAAGGUGGAUGGGAUGAUCCCCUUCAGCUCUGCGUCCGUCGUGGUUCUUGUUGAGCUGACAAAACUGGUGUUUUCCCUCUUGUCCCUGCUGAUCUGGAACCGGGAGCUGCUGGGAGUCGCCGUGUCAUGGCACCAUGUUGCCCCCUUCGCCCUCUCUGCCCUGCUCUACGCUGCCAACAACAACCUGGUGGUUCACAUGCAGCUCUUCAUGGAUCCCAGCACCUACCAGGUCUUGAGUAACUUAAAGAUCGUCAGCACCGCGCUCCUCUACAGCCUCUUCCUGCGCCAAAGACUCAGCAUGCGCAAGUGGCUGGCGCUUUUCCUGCUGGUGGCUGCUGGGGUGAGCUACAGCUGUGGUGGCCAGCAGGACCCGGGCAGCCCCUCCAAGAUGCAGCUGCACAUCACGCUGGUGGGCUUCUUGCUGAUCUCAGUGUACUGCCUGAUAUCAGGCUUGUCUGCUGUCUACACGGAAGCCAUCCUGAAAACCCAGGCGCUGCCCCUCAGCCUUCAGAACCUCUUCCUUUAUUUCUUUGGGGUCCUGCUCAACUUGAUUGGCUACUUCUGGAGCAGCGCAGAGGGUGGUUUCUUGCAGGGCUUUUCCUCCUGGGUGCUGGUGAUUGUCGUCAGCCAGGCCUUGAACGGCUUGAUCAUGUCCGUGGUGAUGAAGCACAGCAGUAACAUCACCAGGCUCUUCGUGAUCUCCUGCUCCAUCCUGGUCAACGCCCUCCUGUCCGUCACCCUCUUCAACCUGCAGCUCACCCUCCUCUUCUUCGUUGCUGCCUUGUGCAUCGGCCUCGCUGUUCACUUGUACUAUGGGGUCACGUAGCUGCUGCCUUCCUGCCCUGCCUGCUCCAGGGCAGUCUUCUGUCAUUCCUCAGGAGGGUUCAGUGCUUGUGCUGGGGCCGGUGUUGGAAGCGCAGCAAUGCUCUGGCCAUCGGCCUCCCUGCCCUACUCUUUGCAGGGAGUCGUCACUGCUGGGUGCGUGCAAGGGGCCCCCAGCAGAGGAAUGCUGAGGGGGAGAGUGCCCUGUCCCAGUUUCCGGGGGGGAGCUGGGCUCUGCUCCAGCCUGGCCGGGUUCCCGCACCACUGGGCAGGCCCAGCCUCGAGGCUGGGUCCUGAGCGCCUCGGUCACGUGGCGUAUCACGUUCUCAAGCUGCUUCCCCCUUCUUCCCCACACCAAAGAGCACACCCGUUUCUUGUGCCUGUAAAUGCCCCUGCGCUGGUGAAUUCUGCCAUGCUGCGGGCUCUGCAGCCCUGCUGCCUGGCCGCUGCCAGGCCAGCGGCAGCCUGAUGCUCUUCCCACCCCUGGGGAUGGUGCUUCCCUGUGGCAGGGGUCCACAUCCAUCCAACAUGCCCAGCUGAACCCCAGCCUUUGCUUCAGGGGAGCCCUGGUGCUGUGGGAGGUGACCCCCUGGCCUGUGCCCCCUCUGAGCCCCCAGCAAGGUGGGGUCAUGCCACGGCCGGAGGUGUUUCUCCCACCCCUCUGUGUGGUUUUUCAGCCCACCCCCAGCCCCUGGCUGAAGGGCUGCUGUCCUUAGGCCCCAUUUCCCCUUCUCGGGCACGGUGUCGCUGCUCCAUGCAGAGCAGAUGGGGAGCAGGGGGAUGUGGGAGCUGUUUCACCUGCUCCCAAAUAGGAGGUAGCACCCAAAUUUGUACCAAUGCUGUGGCUAGUGAGUUCCUAGCAGGCAGAAGUCACCGCUGGCUCUGGCCGGGGUUAUUAAAGUUGCGGUUCAACAGCACGUGUGUGUCUGUCCUCCUGGCAGGAAGGCUUCUGUUUCGCUUGGCAGAGGUUUGGGAGCCAGGGGCGCAUCCGAGCCUGACAACACUCAUCAGUGAAGGGGCACCCACUUUAUUCCAUGUGGCAGCAGCCCAGUGGCCGCCAGCCCUCCAGCCGUGCCCCCUCUGCUCCCAUUGCAGGGCUGUGCUCCCGCAGGCACGUGCCCAGUGGCAGAGCAGGGCUUUCCCCAUGGGGGCAGAGGGGUGAAGCGCUCCCCUCCUGCCAGCAAGCACCCUCCUGGGGGCCCGGUGUCUGCAGGGAGCUGCUCUCAGCAGCCGGAGCAGGCAGGAUGGGAGGCCUUGCCCUGCUUAACUCCAGCUGGGUCCUGCAGCAUCAGGGCUGGUGGCUCACUUUGGGGAGGAGGGGUUGAGGUGGCAGGGGUCUGCAGGUGCAAAGGUCCAGCUCUCGCUGGAGGAGCAGGCAGUGCUGAGCGCGCAGCCGCUGCCUCUGUGCCUUGGCCAGGGCAUGCUGAAAGGCCACAAUCAGGUCUGCCCACAGCCUCCUCCAGGCUCAACAGCCCCAAAAUACAGAGCGUGAGGUGAAACAGAGGGUGAGGUGACACAGAAAAUACCCAGGAGCAGAUUUUAAUGGGAGGGCAGGACAGACCAUGGGGACGAAGCACGGGGCUUGGCUGGGUGAGCGCUGCCUGCCCCCAGCCAGCCCCACUUCCCCAUGCUUCUUCCUUCCCCACCCACCCCUACAUCACCUUCCUUCUGGUCCUUCCCACAAGCGUUCCCCAGCAAGCACGUUCCCCCAUCUCCCUCAGCAUCCGUUAAUCUGUUUUCUCUUUCCUAUGGGGACAGGCUGCGAGAGUUGGGGGUGUUC